AUGGUACCACUCACCCUGGUUAUGGUCAUUGACGCUCUUGAUGAAUGUGAGUCUGAAGAAGAUAUCGACAGCAUUAUUCAGCUCUUCAAUCAGGCAGGCAAGCUCGAUACUAUUUCGCUACGGCUAUUCAUUACAAGCAGGCCGGAGAUUCAUAUCCAGUCAAGCUUUGAUGGCAUUUCAAGAGACCAAAACUCUGCGUUUCAGAGACAUGAUCUACAUAAAGUCAAGAUUUCCAACUCUGAUGAUGAUGAUAUCACGAAGUUUCUUCGACAUAAUAUUCCUCCAAUUGCACAGAAACACCGUCUUGGAAGGGACUGGCCUGGAGAAGCCUGUACGAAACGACUUGCGGAAAAGUCAGAUGGUCUCUUCAUUUAUGCAGCGACGGCGUGCCGAUUCCUCAGUGACCUACGGUUAUCCAAAACAGAAGUGGAACGACGCUUGCAAAUUAUCUUCGAGGACCAAUACGGCAAACUCACCCCACUGAAUAUCCUCGACCUAAUUAACACGCAAAUCCUUCAGAUUUCAGUCAUUGGUCAUACCUUGGAUGAAGAAAAGGAAGAAAGGUGUCGCCUAUUUCAGAAGGUUGUUGGGGCACUCAUCACCUUGUUCAAGCCUCUUUGCAUUGAAGACAUUGCCAAAUUACUCUCAGAGGACAUUUCAGAUGUCGAAUCGACCUUCCAGCGACUCCAUUCAGCAAUAUCAGGUGGUCAAGACAGAGCCUCGCCUGUUCAUUUGCUUCAUCUAUCCUUCCUUGAUUUUUUGCUCGACGAAAAAAGAUGCAUAGUUGGGGAGUUCUUGAUUUCUCAGAAAGACGUACAUGAUUCGCUCCUUAAAGUUUGCCUUGCCACUUUGUCAUCUACCUUGAAAUAG